CAAAAAAAAUCCCUUUUGUUUAGCUAUAAUUUGACUGAAAAACUCCAAAAUCGACUUAUACUAUUAUUCGAAAUACACUAUUGCCUGCGGUCCGCCUUAAUAGCGUUUAUAGGAAAAUACCUGUAUAUUCUUCGAACACCGUCAUCAGUAGGGUGCUUUACUCUUGUUGCUUGAUUUCAUGGCCAUCUGAUUCACAGCACUAUUGAAGCAAAGGAAGAAAAAAAUAGAAACACACAUGAAGUUUUUCGUGCGGAAUGUCUAGUGCGAAUCCAAUUUAAGUAAUACUACAAUCGGUAUCUAUAAUUCAUCUCCAUUCUAUUAGACUGCUUGCUGAAUGAUAUUGUUUUAUGCUGAAUUUGUGCGUGGCAAUGUUAAAAGUGUACCACUGCGUUAGUGCAUGUUGUUUAUUUGUGUUGUGUAUCAACGAGCCAUCGGUUGUGAAACAAGUGAAAAUUCGGAGUAGUGUACAUAAAUAUCUCAAGGUAAACGGAAUUCCGUCGUCUGUAGGCAGACAAAAUGCGUAAUAUGUGCUAGAUGAUUCAUGUUUUUGGGUUAUAUGGCAGCACCAUCAAUCUGUUAGCACACUAAGAAGUAUGAGUUGAACCUAAUCAAAUGUGUGUGUGCAAAACGGAACGGAAGUGAUAUCGGAAAUAGAUAAUUGCAUGCAUGGCCUGUUCAUUCCAGAAGCGUGCAUUUCUUAAGUAAAUGAAUAAUGUGAUGGCACAUUCCUACCAGGGAACCGACGGAUAAUGUAAUGUGCCAAUUCUUCCCCUCCUUGAGUUAAUGGGGCAGGAGAAGCGGAGUGAGUCGAGCUGAUCUUAACUCGAGAGAAUGUUACUACAAAACAAACAAUAACAGUGUGUCGUAAUUUUUGCAACCUAGGCUGGUGUGCCAGUUCUUACAAGCAUGUCCAAGCAAUUUUUACAAGGCGGACCGGUUCGAUUCCCAUUCAGAUCUAUUUGAAAUGCACAAAAGCAUCAAACAUCCAAUUGCAUGCUUUUUCGUGUGCUGACAGACAAAGUCACUUCACCAUUUAACAACAAUAGGAGGGUGUUGCUCAUUCGUUCUCUUGCCUCAGAAAAAAUGAUUACAUUGUUUUAAUAAAACAUAAAUAUUCUAAAUAUUGUACAGUUAACAUAGUUUAGUUGCUUUUAAACAUGGUUCUGGAUUUCACUUGCGUGUAUAAAUAGAAUUUAUACAAAUACAACAUAAUUAAACAACUUUCUCAACGUUUCUUCCGGCUACUGCUAUUUACAUCGCAGCUAGUACAACCCAAAAAAUAAUAUACCAUAAUACCACUUUGUAGAGUGUAUCAGUAAAAUAUAUUACUAACGAGAAAUAAUCUUGCUUUGAGGCAAAUAUAAAACUCUUCCGCGAUAAUUGUUACCGGUCCAUGAACCGCUUGAUUGAGAAUAAUGCAGUCCAUGUUGGAGGAGGAGGCCAUCGUCAAAUCGUGAUGUGUGAUUGCCCCACCAGCUAUAGACUGAAUCAGUUGAUAUCAUUCCAUACUGUAUCUUAUUUGCGCCAGAUAAAAGGAAUCAAUUCGAACAAUGAACAUGGAAACCACUCAUUUAGUCACGGAAUUCAUCACGCACACUGGAGCUAAUACACAAGACGCCGUCAGCUGUUUAAAAACUUGGGAGUGGGAUUUGAAGAAAGCGCUAAUUGAUUACAAUGAUACUUCGACUACGGAAUAUUUCAACAACAAGAAAAAUGAAAGCGAAGAUCUAAACAAUACACAAUCAUCUACAUCCACAUCAACGCAACGUUCGUAUGGAUCUGCGUCUCCUUCAAUGCUACCAUCAGCAACAACAUCGAUGUUUUCAUCGGGUACAUUUUGUAAAAACCAACGUAACAACCAGCAACAGCCGCUACAAAUACACCAUAUUCGCGAUUCACAAUUUUCAUACGUAACUAACGGAAGCGUGAUCAGUAAAAGCGAUAGAUUUGGCGAAAGUAACCGAAUUAGUAGUAAUAGCAAUAUUUCAAACGUGCAAAUGCAAUUUCUUCCGGCAAAUCUAUCCAUAUCGUCUCUAUCUACGAUGAAAUCACACCGUAAUCCACAGCACAAUCAUUUUAAAAACUCUGCAUCGUCUUCUAUCGGGAUUUCUAUGUUCGGAAAUGUGAUUCAUGAGAGUGGCAACAACAUUGGAAUGAACUACAUCACUGAUUUACAAACAUCAACCGUACAGCUGAGGCCAACACUCACGAAAGCAGAUUCAAUAGACAUUUUUGAUAGCAAAAAAUUAGAACGAGGAAUAUCACGUGCUACGGAAAAUGUGACAUUAGUUUCACGUGCUAGACAAGAGUUUGAGAUGGAUUUCCAUGCUCAUAUUCACGAGCAAAAUGACAAGAAUCUUAACUUCAUUGAUACACCAGAUUAUACGUUUACUCUGCCCGACCUGACAAAAUAUACGGAUGAUUUUCGCAAAUUUCUUGAAAAAGAUUUGAUUGAAAACUCUACCCUUAACUCAUUGGAGGCUACGAAUCGUUUGAAUUGGUGGUAUGAAUCAGGAGCUUGUCGAAAACUUUGGCCAUUAGCCACUACAGGUGAUGGCAACUGUUUACUACAUGCUGCAUCACUCGCUAUGUGGGGCUUCCACGAUCGCCGUUUGACCCUGCGCCGUACAUUGCAUGAUAUUUUAUCGAAGGAAGAAUUUCGUGAAGCACUGUAUCGACGGUGGCGAUUUCAGCAAACCCGUGUCAACAAGCAGGCUGGGUUUGUGUUCUGUGAAAGCGAGUGGGCUAAAGAAUGGGAAGAGAUUGUUGCUAUUGCUUCACCAGAACCACGACGUAACUCGAAAAGUAUCGGGCCUUCCCGGCGACGAUCGUUGUUGAUCGAAAAAAACUUUGAUGCUGUAAAUGCUGGAGCGAGUGCAACAUCGAUUCACGAUAGAGAAGACGUAAAUGCUACUUACGAAAGCUUGGAAGAGAUUCAUGUGCUAGCACUAGCCCAUAUUCUUCGACGCACCAUCAUCGUGGUUUCCGAUGUGUUUCUUAGGGAUAUUAAUGGCGAAGCAUUCUCUCCCAUACCAUUUGGUGGAGUUUAUUUGCCGUUCGAAGUACCGUCAAACGAAUGCCAUCGAGCCCCAUUGCUGCUGGCUUAUGAUAUGGCACACUUUUCUGCAUUAGUAGCUAUGGAAGCAAGUAACGAUAGUCCGCCGGCGUUAAUACCCCUUGUAGAUGAAACAAAUCAAUUACUUCCAAUUCAAUUUUGCAUUGAUCCUGGAAAAGAUUUCAACUGGCGCGAGUACGACGGAAGUGAUGGAAACUGGAUACUAACGGAUCGUGAACAUAUAGCGCUAUUGAAAGAAUAUUUGGAUAUAGUGCAUGCUACGGGCAUCGAAAGUCCUGACGAUGAAAUUUACUACGACGAUUACUCGGACGAUGAGUAUGAAAAGAAAAUUGCAGAGGGAGAAAUAGUAUUCACAUCCGAUGAGAAUUAUAAUCACAAUGUCGGCACAACUUCUUCGACACCCGUUGUUACAACUGUGUCCUCGGCAGUUGCUUCCAUGACAGCUUCCAAUCAAUCAUUACCUGGGGGUGUGAGCGGAAAAGAUGUUGGAAGCAAAAGUAAAGCGGCAAAGCAGCUACAAAGUGUAGCAAAGCAAUUUGGUAGUAUUGGGAAAUCAAUGAGUAGAAAGUUGCGUAAAAAUAUUGGUUCAAUUACACGUAUCGGGAGUAAAAAUAGCCAUAUCGGUAGUACUACGGGCGGUGUCAGUAGUAAAAAAUCUCCAUUUAAUGAUAAAAGUAAUUUUCGCAGUGAGUUUCCGCGGUUCCGAAUUUUGUGUGCGCAAUUAAAAUCACGGCGUCACGAAUAUCAGGAAGAAAUGAUCAAAAAUUACCUAGAAUGCGCUCAAGAACGUUAUCUAGAAGCAGAGAAAAUGCGCGACAGAAAGGAAAUUGAACGUCUGACGAAAUAUGUCGCAGAAGUUGGUCAGCUUCAUCGCGAACACGAAGAAUAUCCUGGUGACAGUGAAAGUCCAGAAGUAUCUCGAAUGGUUGGGGGAGAGCCGGUCAAUUGUAUCAAUGCUGGUUGUCUGAAUUACGGUACUGCUGCGACUAGUUAUAUGUGCCUAGAAUGUUAUGAAAUGCAAUGCAAGAGAGAGUCGUCAAAAUGUGUCGUAGAUUCUACAGACUACACUCUUCGCUACGGGACGGGCAAGUCCAAAUUUUACGCCGAAGCUGACAUGGAUGCACACGAUCGCAUACAGAAAUUACCUUCGGCAAGGCGUUUAAACGAUCUUGAUCAAACACUGUAUUUAUCACGAUCUACCUUCUACAAUGAUACCAAACCCGAAGAAAUGCAUUCUUCAUCAAACUCGGUCUACAAGAAUGCUGUUACAAUUGCUGGUGUGGAUCAGUCAUCCAAUCCUAGUGGGCUUAAUAGACAACACUCAUACCAGCAACAACUUUAUCAUAAUCAUCACCGGUCGCAACAUCAGCAUCUUUAUCAUAGAGACGAAGAAAUAAGUAAACCACCUCAUCAGCAGCAUGCGAGUACAGGUAUGUGUACUGAAUAUGCAACCAGUGCCAAACCACCCAUCGGGCCAUCCUCAUCCGGUUCUACGACUUCCAGUUCUAGUGGCAUUGUAGCAUCUAUUUAUUCUCCCGGAGGAAGCGUCGUCAGCGCUACUAACAGCACUAACAUGCCGUACACUCGUACUGGUGCAAUGUGUGUGGUAAAUCUUCCACCAGUAUCUAAUGGGAUAGAAAACACAGUUACAGGAACAGGCCAGUUUGCAUGUAAUCAUAACGGAUUAGUUGCUUCACAUGGCUCAUUGGGAAAUACAAAUGAAACCACAAGAUCGUUACACCCCUUUUCAUCAUCGUCAUCUUCUUCCUCUAUCGGUGUAGUUGGUGGAAGUAGUGUACUGCAAACAUCACAUCCAACAGUAAACAGCAGCCAUUAUGGCAAAAAUCAACUAUGUCGUACAGAGGGUUGCAAAUUUUACGGUAGUAUUAACACCAACUUUUAUUGUUCUAAAUGCUGUCAGGAGUUCAACAUUUAGAAUUAAAUUUUUGUCUCAAUCCUAAUAGUUACUUGUACACUCAGAAAUGGAUUGUUUGGCAUGACGCACCCUGAAAGGCAAAGGAUUGAUUUAAUUAAGUACUACUAUUUAGCUGUUUAACUGUUUUAGCUUGUUUUUGGUUUUAUUUUUGUUAGUUUGUUAACGUAAUGAUUUUUUUUUUUCAAACAACAUACGGUAUGAUCAGAAAAGUAAAAAAAAAAACUGCAUGCUUCAAUGCUGGAGAACUGUAACUGAAUCGAAACCAAACAAAAACAUAAGAAAUACGAAGGAUACAGGAACACAAAGAUUAUAUUGGCUGUUGAUGUAGUAUAGCGUAGUAGUGAAGUCAGUAAAAUUGUGAUAUAAUAUAGGUCAUAUCCAACCUGAUCAUACCUUUUGAGAAUAUUGGUAUAUUGAUGUAAAUGUUAAACAUACUUACAUUCUGGAUAUUGGAUUAAAAAUUUACUCCGAUUACUUCCGCUCUACAGAUACAUAUGCUUAUAUACAUGCUUGAAAAAUGUGACAAGUUUGUUGCUCGAUUGGAAGAAACGUUAUGGUUAGAAAACGUGAAAUUCUACUCAGUUUACAACAUUUAAGUUUAUUUUUUACAUAUCCAAACAGCAGUUUAUUUAUGAUCGCACUUUUAAGUGUGAACAGCAAUUGUGAGAAAUCAUAAAAAAUCAUUAAUGUACAACUUGCUAAAUUGCACACUGUAUGAUGGUGUUCUAAUUUUUCUGGAUAAUCACCUACUGAACUGGUCUGCAUGGGCUUCCUAGACUUGUUAGUACCACACAACCGGUUAAUCAGUUCUUGCUAUCGGGUUUAAUUCAUGAAACGGUUAUUAUGAUUUUAGCGUUUAUUUUAGAUGCUGUGUGUUUGUUUGUUAAAACUUUGAGUGAAUCAGAUUAAUGUGUGCGUUGUAUUCUAGAAUGUUUAUUGAUGUAUUGCAACAAAUAAAAAAUAUUGAUUUUCAAUUGCUGUGUUGCACUGAUGCUUUGUUCUAUAAACAAUACGGUAAUCUUUACUGUAAGCUAGAAAUUUUCUCUUAGAAUAUGUUUUGAAACAUAUAAAGACCUGGUCAGUGUUACCUAAAUCUAACAGUAAGGUUUCAGCCUAUUCACUAUUCAAUCGCAUUUGGUUUGUAGUAAAAUCUAUUUUGAAAUGGUAGAACAAUAUAAAAUAGCCAUUGAACAAGGGAAGAAUCCGUAUCGUUUCUAACGAAUCGAAAAUAUUGCAUAUUUGUAUUACUACUAUGCUUUUACUUCUGCUAAUUUUUAACAGAUGAGUACUAUGACAGAUGAGCUACAUGAAAGAUUUACCAACAGCUGCGAUUCAGAUUUUUUGGUAACAACAAUAAUUUAAAUUAACCUUUUUUACAUUUAUUGGUUUUAUUUAACUACACCUACGUCACUUAUAUGGAUUACUUUUAUUAUUCAACUAAUCAUUUUUCUUGCUUUUUGAAUUGUUAUUGAAGCUAUGCAAUAAAAGUGAAACUUAUUUUCUAAAUCGAAAUGUGUUACCAUGUGUGAACCUAUAGAACAGAAUGUUAAACUAGCGCAACCCUAAUUAGGUAGUCAGACAAGAGAGUAAUAAAUUAUACACAAAGGAACAGCUCAGAAAGCUCGAUAUAUUUAUUCUACAUAAUACCGAGGCAUUACCGAAGUGAAGGUAAUGCUAGUAUUGUAUGAAGGAGCAGAAAGUGAACCAUAACGAAAUAACUUAGCGCAUGUGCUAAUGAUAUUUAUCUUUUAUGCAUAACCAAUGUUUGUGAAUGAUUUAAAGAGUGAAUUGGGAGCAAGUGUAAAGAAAUGUGAAAACGAUCGAAAACGUAUGUGCAGCGCAAAGAACUCAAGAAAUAAAUUGUUGAUGAUGUGA